CGAGUUCGGGAGCCCUGUGGAUGACCGAACACGAAGCAAAUGCCGGUCUACGCCGGUCUAGCCGGAUAAAAAUGCCGGUCUUACAAAAGGCGAUCAGGCGUGCUAAUUUCAACGUUUCCAUCGGCUUUAGUUAACUGCCUUUUUAGCCCAUCUUGCUGUUUGAUGCCUUAUUAUGGCGGACGUCAAAAGUGAAACGAGUGAAGAACUUGAAAGCGCUGACUCCGUGAAGUGUCCCAAUAAAGAAAGCUCUUUGAAUGCAUCCGAAGAAGAAAGAGAAAGCAACGAGAUGGGCGAAGCUAAGGAUAGUGACGAUGGCCGAACCCCGCGAUUUUUAGUCCGGAAAGUCAAAUUCAACCCAGAAUCGCCUACCUUGAAUAUGGGCGAUCAAACGACUCCGCCGAAUGAAAAUUUCUCUGACGCGGAUCAAACAAGCCUUGGGGCAGAAACUCCGUCACACGAAAACUUCACCAUGGGCUAUGCAACAAAUGAGGCUUUACCAAUGACGGUUUACUAUAGAAAUACCAACUCCUUAGGACCAGGAAACAAGAUGCAACGACCAACACUACAGGAGCUCAGGAAAGGCCUUGAAAACUAUGAACCAUUAGUAGGGCCACUGAUGCAAGAAAACAUGGAAGUCAAUGAUGUAGCAGGGAGCGACGAAAUUAGGUCCAGUAAUGCUGCUACAGCGCCAAAGUUUGGCUGGAUUAAAGGAGUAUUCUUUGGUUGCCUUCUUAAUAUUUGGGGAGUUAUGUUGUACUUGCGACUUUCCUGGGUGGUAGGGCAGGCAGGAAUUGGUCUGGCGACAGUCAUUAUCAUGCUUUCUGCAGUAGUAACUACUGUCACAACUCUUUCAAUGUCAGCCAUCUGCACUAAUGGAGAAGUUAAAGGAGGUGGAGCAUACUAUCUAAUCUCUCGCAGCCUUGGUCCAGAGUUUGGUGGCUCUAUUGGUAUUAUAUUUUCUAUAGCGAGUGCUGUAGCAGUGGCAAUGUAUGUUGUUGGGUUUGCAGAGACUGUGCGGGAUUUACUCAAAGAAAAUGGUGCUCUUAUUGUUGAUGAGGUGAAUGAUGUUCGCAUCAUUGGGCUUAUCACCAUUGUGUUCAUAUUGGCCGUCGCUUUGGUUGGGCUAAAGUGGGUAGUCCGCACUCAGGUUAUCCUUUUGGCAGUACUGAUCAUUUCAAUCUUAGAUGUCAUCAUAGGAACUUUCAUUGGUCCACAAAAUGCCUCUAGCAAAGCACAAGGCUUCCUAGGCUAUCAAGAUGGCGUCUUUCAGACUAACUUCAUGCCUGACUUUCGAGGAGAAGGUUUCUUCUCAGUUUUUGCAAUCUUUUUUCCAGCAGCAACAGGUAUCCUUGCUGGUGUGAAUAUCUCUGGUGAUUUGAAGAAUCCUCACACGGCUGUACCAAAGGGCACAUUACUCGCAAUUCUUGUCAGUAGUCUUGUCUAUAUUGUAUUAGCGUGGUUAAUAGGAGCUACAUAUGCAAGAGAUGCUACAGGUCUUGUAAUGUCUGUGGCUGUGGUAAAUGGAUCAAGUCAGAGUAAUGUCACAUCUAUACCAACCUGUGAUACAAUGAAAUGCCUGUUUGGACUUUAUUUUGAUAACCAGGCGAUGCAAAAGGCUUCAGGGUGGGGCCCAAUUGUGACCGCCGGUAUCUUUGCGUCCACCCUCUCUUCCGCCAUAGCAAGCAUUGUCGGCGCUCCUAAAACCUUCCAAGCCGUGUGCAAGGACAAGCUUUUUCCCAAGAUAGAUUACUUUGGAGUUGGCUAUGGUCCUGGUAAUGAACCAAAACGCGGAUACGUCCUUGCGUUUCUCAUCGCGUGUGCCUUUACCGCCAUAGGGGACCUGAAUGCCAUCGCCCCCAUUAUCUCCAACUUCUUCCUCAUUGUCUAUGCGCUCAUCAACUACGCGACAUUCGUCGCCUCCUUGGGUCGUUCUCCGGGAUGGAGACCCUCGUUUAGAUUCUACAACAUGUGGGUGUCGCUGAUAGGGGCUCUCCUUUGUGUAGCUAUCAUGUUUCUGAUCAACUGGUGGGCCGCUCUGGUGACGAUUAUGAUCGUGGUUGGGUUGUAUAAGUUUGUGGACUACAGAAAGCCUAAUGUGAAUUGGGGGUCAUCUGGACAAGCCAACACCUACAUGAGCGCGCUUAGAUUCACGACCCUUCUCGACACCCAUGAGGAACAUGUCAAAAACUUCCGGCCGCAGUGCUUGGUCCUGAGUGGUCGUCCGGCAGAGCGUCCGGAUCUGAUGUACAUCGCGUCUCAGCUUACCAAGAACUCUGGUCUGAUGAUGUAUGGUAACGUGUGCAGGCAGAAAUUUGACAAGAUCAGUGACGACGAAGAGAGGGAGGACGCUAAGUGGUUAAAAGAGCACAAGAUCAAGGCCUUUAGGGCAACCACCACAGCGCACUCUCUCCGAACCGGGGUCCAGGCAAUGCUUCAUCUCACCGGGCUCGGUAAAAUGAAACCCAACACACUUGUGCUCGGCUUCAAAAACGACUGGCAGAUCGCUCCCUUGGCCGACCUCGAGGGCUACUUUGGCGUAAUCAACGACGCCUUCCAGAUGGACUUCGGCGUUGCUAUACUCCGAAUUGGCAAGGAGACAAUCGAAUUUGACGAAGUCUCUCUGACUGACUCCAUCUGUAACGAAGACGAGUUCAAGCGCCCAGAACCGGUCGCCGAACCGCUACAGAAACCUGAACAGGAGUUAGCGUUCGAGGGAAAGCAGCGCGGAACGAUCGACGUGUGGUGGUUGUACGACGAUGGAGGUCUGACGAUACUGUUACCAUAUCUCCUGACCCUGCAUCGGCUUUGGCGCAGCUGCGACCUCAGGCUCUUCUACUUGGACAUCCGGUCCAAACACGCGAUCAAGGCGGACCAGCUCAAGAUGGCGAACCUCAUGAAGAAAUUCCGUAUUCAAGUGAGUAGCGUGGUGCAGGUCCCCGGUGCUAACACCGCUCCUUCUGGGGAGAGCCUUGACGCGUUCCGCGCACUCCCUGUAGGGCGUGAGCUAGACGAUGGACCAAUUGAUGACAAGAAAGUUCUUCGCACCAUAAGGAUAGGCGAACUUGUGCGCAAACGCUCCAAUAAUGCCAAGCUGGUUGUCAUCUCACUUCCGGUCCCGGUUGCGGAAAUGACGACACCGCUAAUGUACAUGAGCUGGCUAGAGAUGCUGUCGAAAGAUCUUCCGCCCGUACUUCUUGUACGAGGAAACCAGAGAAGUGUCCUGACGUUUUAUUCUUAGAAAGGGUUUGUAAAAAUGAUAGAAAGAUAUUUGUAUGUUAAGGCAGAGUAAGUGUUUGAAAGUGAAGACAGCAUUUGGGCAGGAUGGUGUUUAUCUUUCCGGCCUUACCCUCGUGGCUAGCGAACUUGCGACGUCUCAAGCUCGCUGACCACUAAGGACGUUCGAGGUUCUGGAACCAGGGUAUCUUUCCCUCAUCAGAGGUGAUAACUAACGUUUUCUUUCACGAUAAUGCCCAGGGAACCAUUCCCUGCUAACAGAGGACUUUUUUUCUUGUGUAGCUCUGUUAGCAGGGAGAGAGAACCAGUAUUCGUUUUAAAAUGUAUCCUAAUCACCGAGUAUGAAGAUUAUGGGGGGUCAGGGUAAUUAUAAUACAGUAAUCAAAAUAUUAUUUUAUCGACCACCGAUUUAGGGCCAUGGCACCCAUAUGGCAAGUAACGUAUAAAUGUUGGUUUCCAAGAAAUGGAACUAAAAUGGGUGCUAUCGCCUUGAAUGUGGAUAAUAAUUAACACUAUUUAUAAGAUGUAUUUGCUUUAACUAUAAAUAUCUUUUUGUGCAGCACCGUGAUAUGCAGUGUAUGUAUUAGUAUUAUUCCAAACUAAAUUCAGGUUGGAACUGUUGUAGUGACCUUUAAAGAAUAAAAAUCAGAUCAAGUGA